CCAGGCACUCACUGAAAGCUGAGGCUAUGAUGGCGGCAACAGUGGUAUCUCGGAUACGGACGGGGACAGGGCGGGCUCCAGUCAUGUGGCUGUCUCUGUCGUUGGUGGCAGUGGCAGCAGCAGUGGCCACGGAGCAGCAGGUGCCACUGGUACUGUGGUCGAGUGACCGGAAUCUGUGGGCUCCUGUGGCCGACACACAUGAGGGUCAUAUCACCAGCGAUAUGCAGCUUUCUACCUACUUAGACCCUGCCCUGGAGCUGGGUCCCCGUAAUGUACUGCUGUUCCUACAGGACAAGUUCCUGUGUCGGUGGUAGUAAUUGUGCUGGUUGAUAGUCCUUUCAGAAGAUGGUAAAUAACAGGUCAGACCAGAACUCAGUCCUAUCAUUUUUCAGCCUUUGAGCGCAUGAAAUAAUCUUUGUUAACCAUACUUUUCUGUAAGUGCAAAAUGAAGAUAUCCACCUAUAUCAGGAGUCUGCGAGAAGUAUUCUACAUAAGUCAUCUAGCCACAGUCUCUCAAUCUUAGGACAUUUCCUUUUGACAAUGGUGGCGUGCUUGCUAUGUGUUUGGAAGUAUAAACAUUCUUGUGAAGGCAAGUGGCUAAGAGCUAAGUUGGUACAUGUUUAUGAUACCAGUCUUUUUAGUCUAGAGAAGGGAGCAGGCUAAGACAACACAGUAAGGACACUGUUUUAGGUAACAGUGAGAUCAGGCAGGGUCUCUGGAGAUAACAUCUUAUUGGCAGGAAGGAGUCAUGUGACUUUUGAGGCAGGCCAUUACUGGCAGGAGAACUGCAGGUGUAAGGGCCCUGGGCAAGGGAGUGUUCUUAAUCAGUUCUAGGGGCUGCUUGUGAGACUGGAGCCUAGUAUGUGAUUGAAAGGUUAGGAGAUGAUCCGCUAGGUCACCUAGAGAUGGAGGAAAUGCCACAAGGGGAAAGGUUGGUAGGAAGAUAGCAAGCCUUGCAUAGGUAGCACAGAAUAUAGGAGAGGAACAUAGGAAAGGAGACUGGGCUUAUGUAUAGUAAACAUAAUGAGUUUAGGGAAGCUGGUUAAGAUUGCCUCUGGGCCUAACUGGGAGAAGCCAGAGGAAGCUAGCUGGGGGUUGAGGGAAGGAGGAGUGAAAACACUUUUAGGUUGUAGAGAGAAGGGCAUGAGAUUGGCAUUGCCAGGGUCCUGAGAGCUCCGAAAUCUGUUUCCCCCAUUUUGUUCCAAUAUCUUCCUCUCCCCUCACUCUUUUUUUGUUGUUGUUGUUUUGUUGUUGCUGUUGUUGUUGUUUCAAGACAGGGUUUCCUCUGUGUAGCUCUGGCUGUCCUGGAACUCACUCUGUAGACCAGGCUGGCCUCAAACUCAGAAAUCCGCCUGCCUCUGCCUCCCGAGUACUGGGAUUAAAGGCGUGUCUCCCCUCAUUCUUAACAACAAUGGUGGGGCAUGGACUUCCUCCUUUGAAAAGGAUCCUGCCCAAACUGUAUAGAGGUUCAUUUGCUCUGACUUCUACUUCCCUCUUUAGAGGCAUAUAGUAAUUGUUCUUUGCUGUCCUCUUCCUGUUCUCUAACUUCCCUCUUCCUCCCCAGUUCUUCUUGCUGCCUGACCCUUGUUUUGUAGGUUAUCACAAACCAGCUGUACAUAAAUCUCUCAACCCUAUGAUCACCUUCUAUAUCUUGUCAUCAUGCCCUCAGAGUGCUGGGAGAAAAGAGUAAGCCUUCCACUCACCUCCACCACAAGUCCUGAUGGUUCACUCUUUUGUUAGCCUGGAGAAUCUCCCCUCCAUGUCCUGGCCCUUGGUCUUUGUUCCUUGCCCAGCCUCCUAGGACAUCUCUUCUGCUUUCCUUUUAGCUAAGCAUUGAGGAUUUCACAGCAUACGGUGGUGUGUUUGGAAAUAAGCAGGACAGUGCCUUUUCUAACCUGGAGAAUGCCCUGGACUUGGCCCCCUCCUCACUGGUGCUUCCUGCUGUGGACUGGUAUGCAAUCAGCACUCUGACCACCUACCUACAGGAGAAGCUUGGGGCUAGCCCCUUGCAUGUGGAUCUAGCUACCUUAAAGGAGCUGAAGCUCAAUGCCAGCCUUCCUGCCCUGCUGCUCAUCCGUCUGCCCUACACAGCCAGCUCCGGUCUGAUGGCGCCCAGGGAGGUCCUCACAGGUAACGAUGAGGUCAUCGGACAGGUACUGAGCACACUCAAGUCUGAAGAUGUCCCUUACACCGCAGCUCUUACUGCAGUCCGCCCUUCUAGAGUGGCCCGUGAUAUAACCAUGGUGGCUGGGGGUCUAGGUCGCCAGCUGCUUCAGACUCAGGUGGCAUCUCCUGCGAUCCAUCCUCCUGUGAGUUACAAUGACACUGCCCCAAGGAUCCUGUUUUGGGCACAAAACUUCUCUGUGGCAUACAAAGACGAGUGGAAAGACUUGACCUCCCUCACCUUUGGUGUGGAGAAUCUUAACUUGACCGGCUCCUUCUGGAAUGACUCCUUUGCCAUGCUUUCACUGACCUAUGAGCCACUCUUUGGUGCAACAGUGACAUUCAAGUUCAUUCUGGCUAGUCGCUUCUAUCCAGUGUCUGCCCGAUAUUGGUUUGCCAUGGAACGACUUGAAAUCCACAGCAAUGGCUCUGUUGCCCAUUUCAAUGUUUCCCAAGUCACAGGACCUAGCAUCUAUUCUUUCCACUGUGAGUACGUCAGCAGUGUGAGCAAGAAAGGCAAUCUCCUUGUGACCAACGUGCCCUCAGUCUGGCAGAUGACUCUUCAUAACUUCCAGAUCCAGGCCUUCAAUGUGACUGGUGAACAGUUCUCCUAUGCUAGCGACUGUGCUGGUUUCUUCUCUCCGGGCAUCUGGAUGGGUCUGCUCACCACCCUCUUCAUGCUUUUCAUAUUCACCUAUGGUCUGCACAUGAUACUCAGCCUAAAGACCAUGGAUCGCUUUGAUGACCACAAGGGCCCCACCAUCACUUUGACCCAGAUUGUGUGACAUACACCUGAGAGGAAUUGAGGGAGUAUUGGUGUCUAGGUUGUCAUGUUUCUGUUUUGUGACACAGUGGAUGGAAAGGUUUGUCCUCUUCCUACUAUAGCAUGAACCCUACAUACGCCACCCUCAGUCUCUCUUGCUUCCUCUUUAACCCGGAGAGGGACUCCCCUGUGGCUAUCCCCCAUCUCUACCAACAAAGUGUAUUCUUCAUAGAUAUUAGAUAAAUCUUCCAGGCUUCAUCAUCAAGAGGGGAAGGGACCUUAAUUCUAGGGUCUCCCCUUUACCCUCUCUCCUUAUUUAUUCUUGCCCCUCUGCUAUUAUUCCUUGCUGUUUAUAGUGCUUUUGUGUAGUAAAUGCUCACUCCCCAAGCUUUAUGGAGCUUCCAGCAACAGCCAUGAACUUGAGGUUCCUUGAAUUUGCGAGGUGUGGAAAGACUACUUGACUGUCUGUCCAGCUUAGCUGUUAUGUUUUUUGGGGGGGAGGGGUGAUGUGUUAAGAGUGAGUGGUACACUGGGGUUUAUUUCUGUGGCCUGGGAAGGAAGAAACCAUCACGAGGAUUGGUGAACAAAGUGUGCUCACUGGGUUUCUGGAUUAUUCCCAUAAAGACUGCCUGUCAAGAGGCCGGAGGUGUGUGUGGGGGGUUGCUCUGUUGUUUCCUUCCUAAUAAAAUAAAGACGUGUUGCCUUGU